CAGUCACAGCAGCAGCGGCGGCAGCGGCGACGGCCGCCUCUUCGCCUCUGGGGACGCCGAGGCGCGGCCGGCGGCGCUGACCCCCGCGGCCCGGCGGCCUCUCCUCCCUCGCCCCCGAGCCUCUCCAUGUGAUCGCUCUUAAUCCCGGCCGUGCGCGCGCGUGGGGCUCCAUUCCGCGGCGCCCGGGUCUCCGUGCCGGGGUGUGUGCGCGUCUCCUCCUCCCCCCGUCCUCCCCCCCCAAGAAUAAAAGAAGAACCGGGAGGCGUGCUCGGAAAAUAAAUAAAUAACCACCGCACGCGCGCGGCCCGGAGCGAGUCGGCGGGGCUGGUGGCGGCGGAGGAGGAGUGAAGGCGGCGGCGGCGGCGGAGGAGGAGGAGGAGAAGGAGGAGGAGAAGGAGAAGGAGGAGGAGGAGGGACGCGCCGGGAAGGCAGUAACUUUAAAGCCAGCUCAGAGCCCAGAUCUCCGAGCCGAUCGUUUUGCAGCGCGGCGGCGGCGGCGGCGUUGUGUGUCUGGCCCGCCGGUCCGGUCGGGGUGUGCAGUCGGACGGACGAGCAGCGCCUCGCUGUCCCCCUCCGGCGGCUGGAGAUGUCCGAGCCUAAGGCAAUUGAUCCCAAGUUGUCGACGACCGACCGGGUGGUGAAAGCUGUUCCAUUUCCUCCAAGUCACCGGCUUACAGCAAAGGAAGUGUUUGAUAAUGAUGGAAAGCCUCGUGUGGAUAUCUUAAAAGCACAUCUCAUGAAGGAGGGAAGGCUGGAAGAGAGUGUUGCAUUGAGAAUAAUAACAGAGGGUGCUUCAAUUCUUCGACAGGAAAAAAACUUGCUGGAUAUUGAUGCACCAGUCACAGUUUGUGGGGACAUUCAUGGACAGUUCUUUGACUUGAUGAAGCUGUUUGAAGUGGGGGGAUCUCCUGCCAACACUCGCUACCUCUUCUUAGGGGACUAUGUUGACAGAGGGUACUUCAGUAUCGAAUGUGUGCUGUAUUUGUGGGCCUUGAAAAUUCUUUACCCCAAAACACUGUUUUUACUUCGUGGAAAUCAUGAAUGUAGACAUCUAACAGAGUAUUUCACAUUUAAACAAGAAUGUAAAAUAAAGUAUUCAGAACGCGUGUAUGACGCUUGUAUGGAUGCCUUCGACUGCCUCCCUUUGGCUGCCCUGAUGAACCAACAGUUCCUGUGUGUGCACGGUGGCUUGUCACCAGAGAUCAACACUUUAGAUGACAUCAGGAAAUUAGACCGAUUCAAAGAACCACCUGCUUACGGACCCAUGUGUGACAUCCUGUGGUCAGACCCCCUGGAGGAUUUCGGGAAUGAGAAGACUCAGGAACAUUUCACUCACAACACAGUCAGGGGAUGUUCAUACUUCUACAGUUACCCCGCUGUAUGUGAAUUCUUGCAGCACAAUAACUUGUUAUCUAUACUCCGAGCCCAUGAAGCCCAGGAUGCAGGGUAUCGCAUGUACAGGAAAAGCCAAACGACAGGCUUCCCUUCUCUAAUUACCAUUUUUUCAGCACCAAAUUACUUAGAUGUAUACAAUAACAAAGCCGCAGUAUUGAAGUAUGAGAACAACGUUAUGAAUAUCAGGCAAUUCAACUGUUCCCCACAUCCAUACUGGCUUCCAAACUUCAUGGAUGUUUUCACUUGGUCCCUGCCAUUUGUUGGGGAAAAAGUGACUGAGAUGCUGGUCAACGUCCUUAACAUCUGUUCAGAUGAUGAACUAGGCUCAGAAGAAGAUGGAUUUGAUGGAGCCACAGCUGCGGCCCGGAAGGAAGUCAUCAGGAACAAGAUUCGGGCAAUAGGCAAAAUGGCCAGAGUGUUCUCAGUUCUCAGAGAAGAGAGUGAGAGCGUCCUGACUCUGAAGGGCUUGACCCCCACCGGCAUGCUCCCCAGCGGAGUACUUUCUGGAGGGAAGCAAACCCUGCAAAGCGCUACUGUUGAGGCUAUUGAGGCUGAUGAAGCGAUCAAAGGAUUUUCACCACAACAUAAGAUCACUAGCUUCGAGGAAGCCAAGGGCUUAGACCGAAUUAACGAGAGGAUGCCGCCUCGCAGAGAUGCCCUUCCCUCUGAUGCCAACCUUAACUCCAUCAACAAGGCUCUCACCUCAGAGACUAACGGCACGGACAGCAAUGGCAGUAAUAGCAGCAAUAUCCAGUGACCACUUCCUGUUCACUUUCUUCUUUUUUCCUUUUUGUUUUUCUUUGAGCUGCAGGGCGUGAGGGGAGGGCUGUGCCUAUCAGCGUUCGGAUGUUCUUGCCUCUGAUGGUAGCUUAUUUGCUCCGGGGGCUAGGAAUUGGAUUCAGUUUACACUAUCAUUUAAAAAAAAAAAGAGGGAGAGAGAUAAUAAACUAUAUUUUGGUGAGGGUGGUGAUUACACACCUCUUUUGGGUAUGCCUUUUAAAAUGCUUAUAGGGAAAAAAAUUUUUAAAAAAGAAAGCUAACGCUAGUAUAGACUGCAAUGUUAGAGGAAUGACCGUGUUUUCCUACAGCAUUGAGGAUUCCUAGAUAGCUGAAUGAAAAGCCUUUUAUUCUGUUACUGGACAUGAAAACUUUGUCUAAUUUCUUACUAUUGUACGUUUACAGUUGCAGCACUAAAAUGGAUGAUAUCAACAUUUUUAACAAAAAUGAUGUACAAACUAAAUAAGGACUAUUUAUUGAUAAUGUUUUGCUACUCUUGUCAGACAAUGGCUAUAAACUGAAUUAGGCAGUCUUAAAAAAAACAGAAAAAGAAAAAAAAGAGAAUGUUGCAAAUUUGUUAAAAUGCCAAAAAAAAAAAAAAGGACAGUUUAAUUUUAAUUUUGUGCAGGCUCUGUUGACCUCAGGUUUCUUUAGUGUGCUUGAAUGCCCUUUUCCCACAUUACACUUAUUAUUAAUUUGGCAGUGAAUCUCUUUACUUUUCUUUUAAGUUUAAAAAAAAACUGGAAUAAUUACACCUAUCUUUUUUGCUGUUUAUAUUUAGGGGUUUUGUUGAUAAAAAAAAAUCAAGUCUUGGUUGUGGCUUGCUGAAUUAAAUAUUUAUGAGUGGUGCAUUUUUAAGUAUAGUGAACAAGACACCAUAUUAAGUACAGUGAUAAAGCAUCUAUAUUCUGUAAAAAACAAAAAACAAAAAAACAAAAUCUGCCUAUGCAUGUUUUUUAAGAAAAAAAAUGGCUGUAUUGGCCUGUUUGGGACUGUAAUGCGCUUAGUGGUCUGACCUAUACUGGAAAUGUAUGUAUACUGGCGUUCUUUAUAUUCUCUAAAAUGCUUAAUGCCUUUGAAAUUUUGUAAUCAAAACAGCUUUGAAAAAAAUCUAAAGGGGAAAGUAUUCUUAAAAGUUUUUAACAUAAGCUUGUCAGUGCACAUAUAGAUGGUUAGCAUGUUUAGCAAACCUUGUGAAAUUUAAAUAAGUUUGUAUUUACAUGUGAAACUCUAAAUGCAUGGUAACUGUUUAAUGUCAUAAUGGUUUAGUUACUUCGUUCUGUUCUGUCAUGUGCCACAAAAUAUGUACUUUUUUCACUUUUUUCCCUUUGUAUAUCAGUUACGGGUUACAACUGGUUCAUUCUGAAAACAAUGACGACGACAAAAAAAAAAAAAAAGCCCAUUCAUAUUUUUUAACAAUUGUAUAAGUGCCCAAGUAAUUCACUACAGCCUAAAGCCUUGCCUUUGUAAUUUGACUUCUGAAAUGUUGGCAAUCAAAGCAUGCACUUGUAACAAUGACAAAGAAAAAGCAUUUUAUAUUACUACUCAAUAAAAUGUGCAUGAACUUAAAGAACUCUCAUCCUUUCACUGAGUCUGCUGAAGGGAUUUCUACGUAUGACCACCAUGGCGUCCUCUAGGUGCUGGCCCACCACUGCUUGGCACAGCUAUUUUCCCAGGCUACUUUGUAAGGGCCUUGUGAUCUGAGGCGUGGUGCCGACGUCUGCUGUAAGAAUCCUAGUGGAUUUGUGUCUCAGAUCAGACGAGAGAAGUCUAGAGCAAUUGUCAUCUUCUGGCUCUCUCAAGUGGGAGAACCAGUUAAGAAACCUGAGCAUUCCUUUUUAUUGAACUUUAAAAAAAAAAUCAAUUUGUUAUCAGGGUGUUUCAGUUGUAUUGGAUGCCCUAUCUGCUAAAGCAAAAAAGAACUAGGCUACAAAGCAUUUCCAUCAUGGAAGAGAGUUGCGCACUGUAUUGAUAAUGAAGUUUGUAUUUCUGUGCUUCACUAAUAUCUAAUCACUCAGAUUUCACAUCCACCCAACUUCAGUUUAUCUCUUAACAUUGUUCAUUUUAGUGCACUUUGUUUGUAUAAUAAAAUAUGCCUGUUAUAAAGUAAUAAGAAUAUGGCAAUUAGUGAUAGACUGUACCAAAACAAAGAUGUUCUAGAUAUAUUCUCUGACAAAAACUAUCCCAUGUUUAUGCUAAUAAAUCUAGGCAUUUUUUCCUGUGGAUAUUUUCCCAUCCUAAAAAUUAAAAAAAAUGAUAUCCAAGGAAGAUAUUUAGAUGCAACUUAUUAGAAUGAUGUGAAAGAAAUAGUAAUUCUUAUACCGAGGUGUUUAUUUUAUUUCUUAUAAUGCAGAGAAAAUAUCCUGAAAAAAAUCACUUUUUGGAUUCCUUCCUUUUACAAAUUGUGCUAAGGCAACUAUGGCAUAGAAAUAAACAUUUGACAUUGAAAUAAGCAGUG